GACGAUCGCGACCGCGACCGGAGGUUUGUUGCACCCAAGCCUGUCGAUUCGUAUGCAGCUCUACACUCGAGCUGAAACAGGCCUCGUUCGCACUUUGCGCACCUAGCUAAUGCAGUCUAGGGACGACAGAUACUCGAACACGUACCGUCCUCGCUCGCCUGGUCCGCGGAUCGACAGCUACCGCGCCAACACCCGUGACCGAAGCCCUCCUCGCGGUGGAGUCAGUCGCGCAGACACGUACACACCGGGUGGCGGUCGUGCCUCGCGCCCUCGCAGUCGCUCUCCGGCAUCGUUCCGCAGGCGAUCCAGGAGCCCUAGGCGGGAUGACGAUCGCUGGAGGGCCGGUAGGGCUCGAUCCCCACCUCGCCGCGCAUACUCUCCUCCUCCUCCUCCUCGAAGAGACGAUUUCCGCAACGAUCGCGCAAGAUCCCCCCCUCGCCGGGAGUACGACUCGUACACGCGCUCUCCUCGCCGCGACAGGUCUCCGCCACCUCGAGAACGGGACCCUUCGCCAGCCAGGAGCCGUGCCGCUCGCUCGCCCCCACGUACCGGCCGGUACGAUGAACCUCGCUCCCGUGCACAGAGCCCUCCGCGACGAUUUUCGCCCGCUCGCGAUACCAGAGACUACCGUCGUCGAUCGCCUUCCCCCCGACGAGAGCGUGCAGACCCGUAUACCGCAGAUACCUGGAGACGCCGGUCGCCCUCUCCGGCUAGAAACACAUAUGCGUCAAACGAUGCUUCGGGCAGGGAAUCUGCAGCUACCUCGCGUCGUUCAUCUCCACCACCAGUCCACCCUAGCAGGGCUGCUUUGGUACCUGAUGACAGGCCUAUGAGAGACCCAGUCUCUGCUCCUCGGUCUCCUUUUCGCGAGCGUGACUUUGAUCGAGACCGGGACUACAACCGCGGCCGGGAUAGAAGCCGCGACCGGGAGCGAGAACGUUCUCCUCCCCGGGUUCGCGAUGGCCCACCGACAGGGCCUAGAGGUGACCGCGAGCGGGAAUUCGCACCGCCAAGUGGACCUUCCUCAUCGUACCGCAACGGAGAAAGCAACUAUUCCCGUGCCCCUCCCACGGGACCCAGGGACCGCAGCUACCCAUCGCCAGCCAUGUCCCCACCGUCCGGACCGUCAAACUCUACUCCACAGCCGCCUGCCUUUCCCCGCACUAGCAGUCACAAUCCGGUUCUUGCUGCUCCUACUCGCCCUCGAGGCGGUGGCCGCGGUAGCUUUGGUUACGACGCACCUCGUGAUUUCUCUGGUCCUCCGCGCCGGGGUUCAGCGACUUGGGGUGCGCGAGGUGGAGGCUACCAUGGAGGGCCGCCAUCUGGCCCUCGCGGACCAGGAAACGGGCCUACAACCUUUGCUCCACCGUUCCGCGGUUCUAGCAACAGCACGUCUACUACCUAUCCUCGCACGCAGCGCUUUGGCGGCCAUCUUGACAACCUUCCAAAAGAGAUUACAGGAGGUCAAAAGGCUCCUGAGCUUGUUGAUACGAGCAAGAUUCUCAAGUUGGAAGAGGAGGCGCGCAAACUCCGGGAGCAGAUCGAGGCGAAAGAGGCGGCGAAGCGUGGGAGUCUGAGGGAAUGGGACGCACUGGGUCGAGACGCGGAAAAUGCUGCGCUGCGAUCCGAGCUUGCCGAACAACAUCUCAGGUCGCUGAACGGGGACAGUGAGGUUGGCGGCGCAGCGUUCUAGUAGCGCGCUGCUCGUUUCACAUCACAUCGUUUGGAUCAAAACUUAUUCUCUUGAAUCAGCUUCACAUGUAUACAGCUGGAUUGAAUAUCUCGGUAGUUGCAUAGUUAUGCAAGUGUUGGGAUAUGAUUGCAAUCUGUAAAGUAUCGAUGGCAUUUUGAGGGUGGAAUUUGCUUG